GGAAACGCGAAACUGCGAACGCGGCGGCAGGCGCGAUGGCCACUGCCUACGACCGACAGAUGAAGUGGAAGCGGCAUGGGGAGAAACGGCUGGCGCACGAGUCCCGUCGGCUGGAGGAUGCCAAGCACGAAGAAUGCACAUUCUCUCCACAGACCAACAAGCAUGACGUCAAACGCAUUGUGGAGGGAGGCAAGUUGACCACCCAUUCCGAAGUCCACGCCGCGCAAGUUCACGUGGCACGCCAGCAACGGGCUCGUGUGCAUUCUGACGAAGCUCUGAAAAGGCAAUUCUACAUGUCCACGGGCAAAAACUACGACGAAGUGACCAGAGUAAAGCCAUUCCGACUGAGCAACGGCAACAAGCCCCCACGGGACGCAUCUCCACCGCCCGCCCCCAAAUUAACGCGUGCGCGGUCUGAAUCUCCGAGGAAGCAGCAGCAUCCACUGGAGGCACAUCCAACUGAAACCCCCGUCCAGGACGGCGUCGACAACAAUAAGGGCGGGGGGGGGGACACGCCACCGCCGACAUGGGACAAGGAACGCGCCAGUUUGAUUGGCAUUAUCGAUGCCCAGCGACAGGAACUCAAAGCACGCGACAAGGGGCAAGCGGAAGCCGCCAAGAUCGCCGACAAGUUUGCCACGGCCAUCCUCGCGUUCGAAGAAAGGCUCGUGGCAGUGGAGGCCAAGAGCAAGCAGGAAGUGGUCGAGAUGCGCAAAGCUAUGGAGAGACAGCAAGGGCAUGUGCUUAUGAUCUUGCACGCCAUGGGUAUCAGUGUCGACGACGGCAAAAUCCACGACACCCGACCGCCGCGGCAUCCCCUCUUUCGAAAAGAGUACGAAAAGAGCAGCUCGUGA